UAUUAAAACUACGCAAUGGGAAAGAUAAAAUUUAUUACGGCGCAAUCGGGAGUCGAGCUGCAUCGGUUGCUGCAUCCGAAACUAAAGCCAAGUCUUCCGGCCAGGAAGUCCUCCAUAACACUGAUACUUCAAGAGCGCAAGCGGCGCAGUAUUAAAUUAUUAGGAAAUAUGAAAGAGAAUUUACGAGUGAACCAGAAUUUUAACGUCAAGUCCACAAAGCAAAAGAAACGGCCGCUAAAACGCCUUGUCUACGAAACACAAGCUGCUAAACGUGGAAGGAAGCUGGCGGCAAGGGUUUAUGACUUAAAAAAACAAUAUAAGUCGAAGACCGCACUAAAAAAGGACUCAAAAUGUUUAAAGCAAACUUUCCGUCAGAUCCCAGAAACUCCAAUUGAUCAAUUGGUAAUGCCUGAAGUUGACUCUGAGCUACAUCAAGAGCUGCGGCAAUGUAUCGAUAACCUUAUCGAUAUUAAGAUAAUGAAAGUGAUGCCGCUUCAACGGAUCCAUGUGGAGUUCCAACAGCCGCUAAUCCAGUUUGUGACCUACACUGCGGAACCGCUCAGAGGACGUCGCUUUGAAUGCGAUUUGACCAAACUUCCCACACGAUGGGAAUUGCUAUGGAUUAUGCUGCAGAGCAACAGGAUCAUAUAUAACGAUCUUUUCCAUUUACGUCAGCAACUUAGAAGGGAUCCGGAAGUUUCCACUAUAUGCAGACCCACACAAAUGGCACAGCCCAACAUCAGACAAAAUCCAUGCCGUGUCAUAGGAAUGCUUCUUAUGUGUCUCAGUUUCUUUGCCCUGAUGUUUGCGAUCUUUGGUCAUUCCUUUUAUGGACCCACCCAGACUUUUACGUUUUGGGAAUGGUUUUUAAGCAAAUUGCAUUACUAUCUGCGCUUAUAUUUCUAUAUUGAUAUCAACAGUUAUUAAGCAAAAUGGUUAUUGUUGCGUUUUGUUUAGUUAAAGAACUGUUGCCGCCUAAAUGUUCAGGAAAUAAAGUUAAGAA